CAGGUACCAUGCGUGCAAAUGUGGUCAUACUGAUCGUCGUUCUCGUCGCCCUUGGUACAGCAGGAAUACUAUGGCUGUACGCCCGGCGGUUGCAACGCAAAGUGAAAAGAGACUUGAUCGUGCUCAGGGCAGAGUCACAAAGGCAACAGCAAAUCCAACAGGCUGCCCAGGCUGCCCAGGCUUCUCGUGCAUCGUCUAGAAGUCGCACCAAAGGCAGGGGAGAUGGACAGGGAAGAAAGCACACCCCCUCUCAUGGGUCUCGAAACAGACAGCCAACCCAACGGAAAGGAAAACAGCCAAAACAAGGGAAGAAUGAAGAUGCGCAAGCCACGAACGAUUCGGGACGUGCUGGGUCUAGGAAGGCAUCUGGGUCUGGGUCCACCCAACCUCCCAAGCAGGACAGUUGGGGCAGUACGGAAAUCCCGGGGGUAGAGCAACCACAAGAACAUCACCAGGGCCAGGACGAGUGGGCUACAGCGGGAAAUGCAAAGGAAGAUAAUGCGGGAGAAUGGACGAACAACGCGGCUACGGGAACCGUCGAGGCGGGGGAUGAUGAGUGGAAGAAUAAUAAUACUAAUACUAACAAUAAUGACACGCCGGAUGCCCCAGCGGAGACUACAUGGCCAAGUAAUAAUGACAACAACAACAACAACAACAACAACAACAGCAGCAGCAGCAACGGCAACGGCAACUGGCAAGACGAAGAAUGGGGGAACAACAAUGCUCAGAAUAAUGACCCGGGACAAGAGGGCGGUGGUGGAGCAUGGCACAGCACUGAUGGGAUGGCAGGAGAUGGACAGGAGAAGGGAAAUCUGAAUGGAGCUGGAAAUCAGGGGAGGGGGAGAUUUUGGUGA